GGACGCGCCACGAUGUCGACCUCUGCCCGCCGCCGUCUCAUGCGGGACUUCAAGCGAAUGCAAACCGACCCCCCGGCCGGAGUCUCUGCCUCGCCCGUUGCCGACAAUGUUAUGACGUGGAAUGCCGUCAUUAUCGGCCCGGCCGACACGCCGUUCGAAGAUGGAACCUUCCGCCUGGUGAUGAACUUCGAGGAACAGUACCCUAACAAGCCGCCCGGCGUCAAAUUUAUCAGCCAGAUGUUUCACCCCAAUGUCUACGGCACCGGCGAGCUCUGCCUCGAUAUCCUGCAGAACCGAUGGAGCCCAACAUAUGACGUGGCUGCCAUCUUGACGAGUAUCCAGAGUUUGCUCAAUGACCCCAACACCUCGUCCCCGGCCAACGUCGAAGCAUCCAACCUUUACAAAGACAACCGCAAGGAAUACAUCAAACGGGUGCGAGAGACUGUUGAAAAGAGCUGGGAGGACUAAAGGUGGACAUGAUGGUAGAGUCGCGCGCGUGACUUUUUACCCUUUUCACCAUUCCGAUUGAUGAUUCUUCAAUAUCAAACGUUGAGGCCGCAGCGAGUCCUGAGAUGCGAAUACCGGAGUCAAAUAUCGCUUUCGAACCUUCGGGCCGUUUGAUCUGCACAGCGUGGGGUUUAGGCGCCAGGUUCUUCAUUUUUGUUUCCCGU